UAUGGAUAUGUAUAUGUAUGUACGCGUGGUGGGAGUGAAAACUCCAGUUUAUGAAAGGUGGAAAGGUAUUGAAAUCAUCCUGUGUGAAUGUUGAAAAGAGAAAAUAAAGGAUGAGAAUCGCAAAAUAUGCGGCUAUAAGGAACGGUCUACACGUAGUGCAAUGAAUGUCAUGCUGAUCGUGCUCUAGGAAAAAGGAGUACAGUCGGAAACAGCUGUGAUCAGUGUGAUUAACUGCAUUCUUUGUACUGCGUAUAUAUACGUCUGAAGCAUUACGAUCGUCUCGGUAUGACAAACGAUCGCAGAAGAUGGAGGAUGACGUCGAUAUUUAUGCGGAUUUACCGAGUUUCACUUUGAAUCCCGAGAAAAAUGACCAAGACUGUAACUGCAAGGAAUUGAAGAAAGAGCUUAGUUUGCUCGUAGGUAAAUUUGAAAAUAUUCAGAGGAUCAAGACGAACUUGGAGAACAAUCUGUCUUCUUUACUUAAAACUGCAAGAGCCGAAAUUGCACGGAAGGACAAGAUGAUAGAUGAUCUCAGGAAAAGAUUGGACGACGUAACUUUUAGAAGGGGCCACAACUCUGUAGGUUUUUCUACUUAUAGAUUACGACAUCAAUCUAGAAACUAUGAAAACGUUUCCUCGAUGCAUUCACAAGAUAGUGAAACUGAAUCGCAUCAAAUUCAAUUCCAUUACGAAUAUAAAAGUAAAAAGCCACAGACUGAUGUCAACCGGAUACCUACGGUAUUUGGGCAAAGACUACAUAAGAGAAUUAUGGAGGAUGAAAAGGAAGAGAAAAAGCAAAAAGCUCUGUUAAAGCUUGAUGCGGAAGCUAAAACAAAUGACAUUUCUAAAGAAAACGUUGUUGAAAACGAUAAGGAGAAUGGAUCUCAAUUUGGUGUAAAUAACGACAAUGAGUCUAAUAUCGAACGUUCUAAUUCAGAACCUCCGUGCAGAAAGGAUUCGGUGAAAAGAUCGAAUGAAGAAAAUGAUACACAUAGACAUAAGCGUAUAAAAGUUGAAGAUAAAACCACGAUCGAAGUAACCGAUUAUAAUUAUCUUACACAGUACGACCUAACAGACAAUCCUGCGCAAUACGAGAUGAAAGAUAGUCUCGUAAAAUUCGAAGAUCGACUGGAUGCAACACAUUCUCAUAAGAAGGAAGAAAUUCCGUUCUACGAUGGACAUAGAGCUUCCUCAGAGUACCGAGACACGAAACAGGAUCAAGAUUGUACAAACGAAUGCAGAAGCGAGGCGAAAAGUAAUUCAGCAAAGGAUCAUGACAGUUUUAAUGCCAGAAACGAUCUCGCCGAUAGUUCGAGAAAUUCUCGGACGGCUUCGAGGUCAAAUCAUGUCUCGGAAAGAUUUAACAGUGGUUACAAGAAGAACGGGCACAGAUACAGUCCGUCGAGAAGAAGUUACUCUAGAAGCAGGAGCGAUUACGAGAGUUCGAGCAGUCAUCGUUUGCGUGAAAGGCCCAGUAGAACAUACAGGGAAAAGAAAUAUGAUGAUUAUAAAUAUGAUGACUAUAAGUAUGAUAACCGAUACAAAAACGAUAGAUUAAAGAGAAGUUACGAGAACGAGAGAGAGGAAAAUGAUAGAAAAACGAGAUAUAGGCGUAGAGAACGUGAUGAUCAAAGGGAUAAAUCCAGAUACUCAUCGAGCGACCCUGAAGACAAGGAAAGCAGUAGCUCGUACAAGAAUAAGAAGUACGAAAAUCGCAGAAUAAAAAAGGAAAGCGUUUUAAAUGAUAAAAAAUUGCCCGAAAGUAAUAAAGUUGCAGCGGAAACUAAUUUACGAGAAUUGUCUAGUCGAACAAUUGUAAAUAGUACGGUAAAUUACAGUGCUGGAAAAAAUAUUGAACAUAAAGUGAAAAAUGAAUCAGAAAUUAAAUCUGUAAAUUUAGCAGAAAGCACAUCUGUAAAGGAAGACUUAAAUAUUCUGGAAGAAGGUGAAAUUUUAGAUAGUCCGCACAAAAAUAAAUCUGCAAAAAUUGUCAAAGAUAAUAAAAUUGAAGAAAAUAAUGUAAAAAUUGCACCAGUUGAAGAUAAAAGUAAAGGUUCUGUGAAUGAAUCCAUAGAUGAUAAAUCAGUACCACGUCAAAUCAAUGUAAAUAGCAUAAAACAAUUAGAAGCGGCGGAUAUUAGUACAAAAGUAAUAGCAUCAAAUCUUCUGCAAGAAAAUUCAAAAGACUGCGGAGAAGAAAAAAUUCAAUUAAAUUCUAAUAAAAGUGAUAUGGCAGUUGAUGAAGUACAUAAUUGUAUAAAGGAUGAAGACAAAUGCAAAUCUCACAUUAAUUUAAUAGAUUCUACUCAGAAUAUCGGAAUAAUUGAAAAAGUAUGUGAUAUUAACGAUAAUGACAAAAAUAACGCUGAUAAAAAAUCAAAGGAUUCUAUUACUGAAACUGCUGUUAAAAUCAAAGAAACGACUGAUUCCAGUACUGAAAGUGUUACUACAAUCAAAGAAAUAGACGAUUCUAAUAUCGAAAGAGCUACUGAAAAGGAAGAAAUAAGCAAACCUAAUAUUGAAAGUGUUGUUGAAAUCACAGAGGUGAAUAAUCUCAAUAGUGAUAAUAAUAUUCAUAAAAUUGACGAUGAAUCAAGAAUUUCUACUGCUAAAGUUGUCGCAAAAAUGGAGGCUGUGGCUAAUUGUGAUAUUGAGGCUAGAGACGAAAGUCAAACACCAAUCGAAAGUGAGACUUUUCAUCAGAUGUCAAACAAAAGCGACGUCAAAGUGUGCCUCAGCGAUCAUAAUUAUGUUCAGAAUUCUUCCGUCUCUGAUCUUGACGCAGUUCAAAAGCCAUCUUCGAAAUCAAAAUGCGGUGAAGCUACUUUGCAUGCAGCGACGUCAAAGAAAACGAAAGUGGAAAAAACAGUCGAUGUUCAAUCGGUUGGUGUUAAGAGGACAGUGUCGUCUGUAGUGAAGAAUAAGAAGGACCAGCAGAACAGAGGGAUAUUGAUUUCGCAUCGCCGAAAGGCCGUGACACUGACCGACAGUAACGCGUCUAUGACCGUCCUGAUGAACACGAAUGUAGCGAAAACGUCCUCCGUCAUUAACAAUUGUAACGACAACGAUUCUACUUUGAAGCCGCGUGCCUGCAGGAUAUCACGAGUGACUGCAAAAGCAACAUGUAAAUAAUCAUUGUACAUUUCCUACGCUUAUAAGGGACAUCAAUAAAGCUGGAUUCAUAUUUAUAA